GUUGGAGGAGUCCCACUUGAAUUAAUAAUACUAAACUAAUACCAUUAUACCGAGGCCAUCACCAUCUGUUUUCAACAACUUCACAAAUAAAUAAAAAGAAGGCAAGUAAAGUAAAGGCAAGGAUAUUUAUUUUCUCCUCCACCACCGCCACAUCUUCCCAUCUUCAUCCUUGCAAUCUUGGUUUAGUUUUGAUGAUGGAGGGUUUCAAUUUUAGAUCCAAAUCAUCCAGGGAUGGGGGGAUGCAGAUGGAGAGUUACUAUGGAGGUAAAGGAGGAGGGCCUAGCAACAUGCAGGACUUGAGGUGUUACAGUGCUAAUUAUGCUAAUUCUGUUCAACCAAAUCAGCUUGGCAAAGAGAUUAAGAUGAAGAAAAGCAAAAGCUCCUUUGAGUCUUCUUCCAAAACCUGGAGCUUUAAUGACCCUGAGUUGCAGAGGAAGAAAAGGGUUGCUAGCUACAAGGUUUAUGCUGUUGAAGGCAAGAUGAAAGGUUAUUUGAGGAAGAGUUUCAGGUGGAUCAAGGACACUUACACCCAGGCUGUCUAUGGUUGGAGCAUUUGCAAGAUUGUACAUCUUUUCAGACUUACACAGGCAAGCCGAGAUAAGGCAACUUGUAACAAAGAUGAAGAUAUAGACUAUUUUCACCGGCUACCAACUCUUGUUAUGUGUGUGUCGAGUAGUGUACAGACAACACAAUACAAUACAAUACAAUACAAUUGCCCCCAGCACCCAGAGGCCUUUGUAUAAUCAAUGGGACUUGUGUAAUCUAAAGAGAUCAAGAAAAUAAUUGUGGCUCAAUGUUAAAAAUGUUA